CGGUUUUUGUGAGGAGUCACUUUGUGACGGUGCACCGCUGCUGUUGUUAUUAGAUUAGCCGGGAACAGGCCGGGCAGUGUCCGCCGUGCUCCCCGCUCCUCCCGCUCUCCCGCGCCGCCAUGGACGAGACGAGCCCGCUGGUCUCGCCGCUCCGCGACUCUGCCGACUUCAGCUACCGCCCGGCCGAGCCGCCGAGUCCCCGCGCUCCGGGCACCGUGAUCCGCCUCCCCGCGGGCAGCCCCAGCCCCAGCCGCAGCCGGGAGCGCGAGCGACAGCCGCUGCUGGACCGGGACCGGGGCGGCUCUCCGCGGGACCCGCACAGGAACGAGUUCUCGGAGGACCCGGAGUUCCGGGAGAUCGUGCGGAAAGCGGAGCGCGCCAUCGAUGAAGGGAUCUACCCGGAGCGGAUCUACCAGGGAUCCAGCGGGAGCUACUUCGUUAAAGACUCUCAGGGGAAGAUCAUCGGGGUGUUUAAGCCGAAGAACGAGGAGCCGUACGGUCAGCUGAACCCCAAAUGGACCAAGUGGCUGCAGAAGCUGUGCUGCCCGUGCUGCUUCGGCCGGGACUGCCUGGUGCUGAAUCAGGGCUACCUGUCCGAGGCUGGAGCCAGCCUGGUGGACCAGAAACUGGAGCUCAACAUCGUACCCAGAACCAGAGUGGUGUAUCUGGCGAGUGAGACGUUUAACUACAGUGCCAUAGACAGAGUGAAGUCUCGGGGGAAGCGUCUCGCUCUGGAGAAAGUGCCGAAGGUCGGCCAGCGCUUCCACAGAAUCGGCCUGCCCCCAAAGGUGGGCUCGUUCCAGCUGUUUGUAGACGGGUAUAAAGAUGCUGAUUUCUGGUUGCGGAGGUUUGAGGCAGAGCCGUUACCGGAGAACACAAACCGGCAGCUCCAGCUGCAGUUCGAGAGACUGGUGGUGCUGGAUUACAUCAUCCGUAACACAGAUCGAGGCAAUGACAACUGGCUUAUAAAAUACGACUGUCCUAUGGACACAUCAGGCAACAGGGACACGGACUGGGUGGUGGUAAAGGAUCCCAUCAUUAAAAUAGCAGCCAUCGAUAACGGCCUGGCCUUCCCCCUCAAACACCCCGACUCCUGGAGAGCAUACCCGUUUUACUGGGCCUGGCUCGCUCAGGCCAAAGUCCCGUUCUCUCAGGAGAUCCGGGAGCUGGUUCUGCCCAAACUGUCCGACCCCAACUUCAUUAAAGACCUGGAGGAGGAUCUCUACGAACUGUUUAAGAAAGAUCCAGGUUUCGAUAGAGGACAGUUCCACAAGCAGAUCUCAGUAAUGAGAGGACAGAUUCUGAACCUGAGUCAGGCUCUGAAGGACGGUAAAACCCCCCUGCAGCUGGUGCAGAUGCCCCCCGUUAUCGUGGAGACGGCGCGGGCACCACAGCGUGCCAACACUGAGUCCUACACACAGAGUUUCCAGAGCAGACGGCCGUUCUUCACGUGGUGGUGAGGAACCGGAGUGUGUGUGAGAGGAUUAAUGGGGAGGUACUGGUACUGUACUGCACCACAGGGGGGCGCCGGACCGGAUCAGAGAAGAGGAAAGUGGUGGGAUUGAUUGAUGGAUCUGAUCUCUGCUGUUUAUGGAGAUACUGGUACUGGAAACUCUCUCGCGCACACACACACACACACACACACACACACACACACACACACACUGAAGAGUGACCCACUAAGAACUCGAAGAAGAACCGUUCUACUGUAGCCAGACUCGCGCAUGAUGUCCAUGCGCAUGAUUUGCCACGCUGCAGUGCUUGCUCUCGCGCUGUGCUCUGUUGCCCCCUGGCUGUGUGAGGGAGGAACUGCAGGAAUUUAUAUAAACAGAAACACAGCUGCAUGUCUAUAAACUCCCUGCCUCUGCCUCUAUAGACGAGCUGCGACUGUGCAUCCGGCCAGGAUUAUACACUCGUUUAUUUCACUCACACAGUCUCUAUCUAUCUAUCUCUAGUUCUAUCUCUCUAUCUCUCUCCUGUUCUAACACACUACCCUCCCACAACACCCUUCUUCAGAAAAUCUGCUCGCUAAUGAAGACUGGAAGAGAUUUUUCCAAAGCCUUUUUUACCAUUUAUUACUGUUCAUUUUGGGUUUUUGUUUUUUGUUUUCUGUUUUGUUUUGUUUUUCUUGGGUGGAGUGAGCCUCCUACACUUGGUUGUAGCUUUUUUGUUUUUGAUUAUUGAUUUUUUUUUUUUUGUUGGGGAAUAAUUUGUACAACAUAUCUUUCAAAAAAUAUAUUUAAAAAAAAAUAGACAAAGUAGACAAUUUGUAUUUUUAUUGUCCAUGCCUUUCUUUCGUUUGAUUAAUUUCUAAGUUUAGGUGUUAAAAAUAAUAAAAAUUAUACAUAAAUAAAAAAGGGGUAUAUAUAUUUUGUUUGGUUUCUGCAAAUGUUAUUUUUCUUUUUUCUGUUGUUCUUUUCUCUAUUUGCCUUAUUUUUUUUUAUUUUGGAUUUUUUUUUUGCACAAACUACCUUUUGCAAAAACUCUACUCCACUAAAUUUCUUUAAUUUUUUUCCCUUAUUUUUUAUUUUGUGGGGGGUCCAGCUUCUGUAUUUUGCAUUUUCAGCCUCAUUAAUGUUUGGUUCCCAUGUUAACCUUUUUUUGUACAAUUCUAAUCUUUACUGCAUCUUCAUUCUCAUUUUCUUUUCCUUUAAACUUCAUGAUUUAUUGUUCUGAUUUGAUUUUUUUUUGGAUUGUUUUGUUAUAUUGCGCACAUGCGUCUUCAGGAUGUAUCCAGUCCAUUCAGAGGGCGCAGGUCUGAACUGAGCAUGUGCAGAAACACUGGAGCGAUCCAUUCUCAACACUGGGGGUAAAGAGGAUGCGUUGAUGAUAAAACAUUGAUAGACGCGGUACAACAGCUACCGUCACUCUUCCCCACUCUGCUGCAUCUGGAACAUCUGUUUUGUUUUUUCUUUUCUUUUGUUUCAUUUUGUUUAAUGUUUAUUUUUAUUAUUACUACUAUUUUUUAUUAACAGAUGUCAACUGAACUGACGUUAACGUGUCUUGUGGCGAUGCACUGUAUAAUUUGUAUGUAAUGUAAUGUAUGUACUGAUAAAGAUAAGCUAUAAUAGCAACGAUAUUCAAUUAAAA